GGCUUGGUUGUUCGACGUUUGAUGAUCUGUGAUCAUAAACAAAGGCUGACGGUCUCCCCUACGGCAACAUAAUUUCGCUGAUCGAGAUCUAGAUUAGAUCUAUUCUUCCCGGUGACAAAGUUUAUUCCCUGAUCAAUAUGAUUCUGUGCAAAAUUUGGAGAUAUUCUAUCUUGGAAAUUGUGGAACUCAAGCGUCAAAUCGGCGUAGCGAAGACUGUUGUAGUGUAGACCAGUGGCAGUAGGUAGUGUUGGCCAUUGGCUGGGGCCGAAAGACCCAAUUAUUGGGCCAAUUUAAUUCUAGCAGUCUCCAUGGAUGUUGAUACUUUAAUUGUAGACAUCAGUCUUAAAUUAUGAUUAAUAGAUCUAGUUGAUUUAGUAAGCUGCAUGAAAAAGUGUAUGGUUGUUUUGUAGUGAAUUUCUAUUGUUAAGUCACAGCACUCAAAAGUCAAAAGUGUUAAAACAGUGUCAACAUAUUGACAUUGCCAAGUGUUAUAGUGUGUUGUGAUUAACAAAAAUGGCUGACAUUUCUUACUCAAGUAUACAAAUGAACAUCAAUUUUGAGAAAAACGCAGUGAUUAGACAUGUGAAUCUUGAUGUUGAUGGCAUUGCUGUAAAACGAGGUGAACGGAGAUCUAAAUCGCGUCUAAGUCUAAGGGAUGUUGAACAUCAAGACACUUCAACUUCAACUUCAAGUGGGAUGAAUGAAUCUGAAGAAAAGAACAGAUUUUUGUUCCUGUUUGAUCUCAAAGAGAAAAGGCCUGUUGUUAGAGAGGAAUCAGUAGAAGAACCCAGUUUUGAAUGGCCUUGUGAUGUCAAGGCUAAGGGCAAGGGAAACGUCAGAUCAGAUGUAAUUGAAAACAGCUGCAUUGAAGUAAAAGGGGAGCCUAUAAUUGCAGAGGAAGAGAUAAAAGUAAAACUUUUGAAUAAAGAGUACCAUACAGAUAUAGACAUGGUGAAAACAGAACCUCUGUUUGAACAUUUUACUGACUUUGGUGGUGAAGUGAAUCCAACAGGAGAGAAUUUUGUGAAAGAGGAAAUGGGAGAUUUAUGUGUUGAGCCCACAUUUGUUGAGGAUCACAUCAGUCAGGCUGGAGGACUACAGUUGCAAAUCUCCAGUGUGAGGAGUUUGAGUAUGGAGCAGAGUUUCUACCCAGACACUGAUAUUGUUGCAUGCAGUCGUCAAGCUUCAAUUUUCUCUGCUGACCCAGCUCUUCUGGAAUAUAGUGUCUCAAAUUCUGGCCCAGUUGCAAGGACCUGCUGGAAUCACGGUGAAAGUUCUGGUCUCCGUGUCGUGUUGGGCCCCACAGAGUCAGAGAACAAAAGGAAAACAAGCAAUGCAAUGCAAUGCAAGGCGUACAGAGAGCGGAACAGUGACAACUUGAAUUACAUUGAAAGGAAUAAAGAGAAAUGCAAAAAGUAUCGACAGAGGGUGUUGACAGAUGAGCAGUUGGCAGCACGUCGAGAAGCUAGCCGACUAAGGACCCAGAAAUGCAGAGAAGCAAAGAAGCUUAAAAAGAAGCCCUCACUGACUUCAGCACCCAAAUUGACGAGAACGCACGAAGAGAAGCCAGAAAUGAGGGAAACCGUUGAGGAACAGCGUGAGGGUUGGAAACUUCAAAAGGAAAAGCAACUAGCAUCCUGGACAUCUCAAGAGUGGAGACAUCAACAGGAAAAAUGUAGGACAUACAGCAGAAAGAGAAAACAGAAUCUGGCUCAGGUUGACGACGCAAAAAGUGUGCCAUCUAGUCACCAUGUUUCACCGACCUCCUGUCACAUUGUAGAUCAGGCAAACGAUAUGCAUAGAAGACAAGAUGAAAGUUUAAGCUGCCAAUCUGGGACAGAACAAAGGGUUUCUCAAGAGAACAUUAGCAGUGUUAGAGAAACACCUUUACUGAGAAACCGAAAAAUAUGCUCAGGAAAAAAUCCUGACAAGUGUUGUGCAGUUUGUGGUGAAAACAACAAGUGUGAAGUAUGUUGUGCUUCGUUAACACGCAGGGACAAUCUACAGAAUCACGAAAGAAUGCACACUGGAGAAAAACCUUACAAAUGUGAAGUUUGUGGUGCAAUGUUUGCAAGGAGCGGCAACCUACGCAAGCACCAAAUAAAACACUCAGGAGAAAAACCUUACAAUUCUGAAGUGUGUUAUGCAUCUUUUUCCACAAAGGGACGAUCUACAGAAUCACAAACGAAUACACACAAGAGAAGAACUUUACACCUGAAAUUUUUUGUGUAAUGUUUAGACAUAGUUUCAGCCUAUAGGAUCUGAAAAGGGCACACACUGGAGAAAAGCCUUACAAAUGUGAUGUUUUUAGUUCAGCGUUUAUAAGCACUGGCCACCUAGAGAGACACAAAGGAACUCACGCUGGGGAAAAACUGUGCAUGUGUUAAGUUUGUGAAGCAACGUUUGCAGAUAAUGGCAACUUACAACUUACAGAGACACAAAAGAACACGUAGAGGAGUAAAGCUCAAUAAAUGUUAUGUUUGUGGUGUAAUGUUUACCCAAACUAAAAGCCUGCACAUUCACAAAAGAACACACUGGAGAAAAGCUUUACAAGUGUGGGGUUUACGAUGUAAUUUUUGCAAAGAGUGGGGGCCUACAAAGUGGCAAAGGAACACAUGCAGUUGAAAAGCCUUACAAAUGUUUAGCUUGCAGUUCAGCAUUGGCAUGGAUUGGCUGCCCACACAAAAGAACACACAAACAUACAUAUAUACAGGAUAAAAGAAAGUGUACAGUUUGUGAAGUAACACUUUUGUUUACUGGCAGCCUGCAGACACAUGCACAUACACACACACAUGCACACACGCGCACACUCACACUCUCUCUCUCUUUCUCUCU